CAUCAGCGGGUCGCAGAAACGUCGCGAUCAGUAUCAGAGUGAACACUCUCGGCGGCGUUGAAACGAUCGUCAAAAACGUUGACACCUCAAUCUCGAAUCUCGAACAAGUACUGUUGCUAAAAUCUUGGGUGACUCGCGAAAUUACACGCGGAGCCUAAAUCCACAUCACAUAUCGCACGUGAUACGCGUGUUUUGGUCCUGAUGGGCGUUCGGCGGGCCUCAAACUUCAAACAGAGAAAUCUUUUCGAGAUCACCGUGUUCAGCUAACGAUAAGUAGUUGGCUCGCCUAGAAACUCUCAAAGUAUACCGAAACAGCAGCAUGCUUGACGUGAACCGUACUUUGGUAUACUCUGGUACCCUUAUGCAAGCUUCACGUCGCACCAGCAGCGCUCACCAAAAGCGCUUAAAGCAAAUUGGAACUGGCCUUGUACAUCUAGCUUGGCGCCAAAAAUACGUCAUUGUUGCAACCAUUCUGUUUCUCUUCGGUCUCUACGUCAUUGUGUCGAAAACUUCGGUCACAGAACCGUUACCCAGUUAUGAGGACGACUUCUUCAUCGCGACUAUUGGCCAGCAAGUCGAAAAAAGCAACUACAACAACAAGAGCAUUUCCAUGUUUGAUCCUGGACUUUUAGAGGAGAUGCGGAAAAAGUGGAUAGUAAAUAGAUACAACGCAUCGUUGCCUUACAAUCUCGAUAACCCAGAAGUGAUCGACCCAUCGAUGGGACAAGCAGCGAAAAUCAAUGAGGUUUUCAAAAACAUGACAAAUGGGUUUUUUAUAGAAUGCGGUGCUUACGACGGUCAGACCAGAAGCAACACUUUGUUCUUCGAAAGAUACUUGAACUGGACUGGUAUUCUCAUCGAGGCUGAUCCCAUCAACUACCGUAAACUGCAGCAGAAAAAUAGAAAGGCAUACUUAUCCAACACUUGUCUUAGUACUAAAAAAUAUCCUAUGCUGGGAACUUUUCUGAUGGCUGAUAACAUCGGUCGGUUACACAAGGAACACGGUACUGAUGAAGAAGGCUUGGAAAACACUCCAGACGUGGCCCAUCACGGUGAGCAUAUCAAAAUACAGUGCUUACCAUUGGCAUCUUACGUCGCAGCGCUCGACUUCAAACGAGUAGAUUACUUCAGUUUGGAUAUCGAGGGACAAGAGUUAGAAGUUCUGGAAACGAUUCCUUUUGACAAGAUAGAUAUAAAGACUCUUUCCGUCGAAUACAUUCACGGCGACAAUAGUCUUGAGCUUAUGUCGUCAAUGAUGGCAAAACGAGGGUACGAUGUUAUCGGCUUGGUAACGCACGAGAACAAUCUUGCAAAUGAUUUAAUAUUUGCAAAAAAGGGGUUUAAAGAGUCGUUGCACUGAGCAUGGCCAAAGAUUGAGUUUAUUGCGCUUUCGCAGACAAGUUCGUAGCUUUUAACUAGUCUCGAACACGUCGAAAAUUUACUACAGUGUUAUAUCACUCAAGAAAAAUUGGACAUUCAAUGGAUCCGGUUUGACUGGAGUGUUCAGAAGAUUCCGAUUGUUAUUGCAGAACCUUUCUGAUUAUCUCAUUCCUACAUGACGAGUAUUGAUAGUCGUAUAAGCAGAUGUACAUACAUGUAACUCGACUCAAUUUACUUUACUAUUGAAUCUCGCACAAGGAUUGUAUGUAUAUCUAAAAUGAACGCUUUUACGAUUUCCCAUAGUUAGGAUAGAUUUUUACUAUUUUAGGGUAACCGUAAUUGCGAUUGACGAAUAAAAGUAAAUUAACGUUCCUGAGACAUGACUGGAGUGUAAAAUCUUGAUGAAAUUAGCCUGGAAAAAGACCAAGAACAAUUUUUCACUUAAAUGUGCCUGUUUCACUGUUGGGUAAUCAAAUUACAAAAAUAAUACCUCGUUUUUUCGAUUUUAGCUAUAAAUUAAAAAAAUUGUUGUAAGAGAAAAUAUAUUUGUGAAUUGCAGUGGCCUUGCAAUAGAGAUUAUUAAUAGAGAUAUAUCGCGUUUAUUCAGUGAUAUAAUCAGUACAGCAACAGGUUUGUUGUAAGAAUAUCUUAUUUUAAUAUAUCUAUUUAUAUUUUGAGAAUAACUGUAUACUGAUGAAUAAAAGCGAAGGCUUGUUAUUGAAUGCUCUGAAACGUGAGUUUGUAUAUUACUUGAAUUAUGGUAUAAUCGAUCACAGACAUGUGUAAAUGCGCUUU